AUGUCUCCUGUUCCGCCACCGUCACCAUGGCCCAUCCCACAGUUCAAGCUCCAGGUGGAAGACUUGCGACAUCACGGGGCGUCGCUGUUCUUCGAGAACAUAGAGCCGACGACAGCACUAAACGAGGCUACUCUGUCAGUAUUCGAGUGGUUGUAUACACCGGACACAGUCCCUUGCAAAGUUAAGACAGUCCUCCUUGUGCUUAAGCCCAUGGAGGGCGUGGCAUAUACGUUUGGUACCGCGACAGACAAGCAGAUACACAUGUCCCUGGACCACAUAGUGAACUCGGCCAGCCGCGCUAGACAUGAAAUAAUGGGCGUUCUGACUCACGAGAUGGUCCACUGCUACCAGUAUAAUGGCCAGGGCAAAUGUCCAGGUGGCUUGAUAGAGGGUAUAGCAGACUGGGUCAGGCUGCAUGCAAACCUCUCGCCUCCUCACUGGAAGCGGGAGCCCGGUGACAAGUGGGACGCGGGCUACCAACGAACAGCCUACUUUCUCGACUGGAUUGAAGACAGGUAUGGCACAGGCACCGUCAGGGAGCUCAACGAAGCUAUGAAAAACAAGGAAUACACGGACGAGAUCUUUCGCGACGCCACUGGGCGAAAGCUUAAAAAGCUAUGGAAGUUAUAUCGCUGUGAGUUCGAGGACGAAGACGAACCACGACCCUCGCCGCAGCUCCACCCUGCGUUCAUUUCAGGACCAGCAAACCCAUCUAUCAGUAGUGCCACUAAUGAAUGA